UGCUGCAGACUGCAGAGUAUCGAGACGGCCAGACAGGCGUAUCGAGGCAUACUCUCCUGUCUUCACGUGGCCACGUUGCUCCGUGAAGCAGCCCACCAGCAGCCCACCAGCAGCCGCAACGCCCGGCUGCUCGGCUCUGCUGCGCGUAGCAGUAGCAUCCCAAAAGGCCGCUGAUCUGCGGUGGUUGAAGCCCGAGGAUCGUCGGCCUGAGCUCCCAAUCCGCCUCCGGUACCCGGAUCUCCGGCGGAACUCCUGGGGUCUCCCUCCCAUACGCGGCUUUUCUGGGGCCGGGACUGCGGGAACGAGGAGCGUUGCGCCAGUGCGACCGGCGUCGGAGGUAUAUCUCGAUUAAUCCGCGCUUGCUUCUCCGGCAGAUGCGAAGUUUUACUCGAGAAAGGUAGGAAAACGAAACAUGGAGGUGAGGCUGCUGCUUCUUGCGCUCAUCUGCCUGCACGCUGCUCCUCGUUGGGCUUCGGCUCAGCAGCCGGAGGAGGCGACGGUCAUAGUUAAAGGCUCGACUAGGAUUGCUGAGACGGAUGAGAACUACGUCUGUGCUACAAUUGACUGGUGGCCCCCGGAGAAGUGCAACUACAAUCAGUGUCCAUGGGGCCAGUCUUCAAUUCUGAAUUUGGAUUUGGAUCACCCAUUUCUGGCUCAAGCCAUUCAAGCAUUUGACAAUUUGAGGAUUAGGUUGGGAGGCUCUUUGCAAGAUAGAGUUGUUUAUGAUGUGGGAACAGAAAGUCCAUGCUCCCCGUUCAGAAAUGUGUCCAAUGGCUUGUUUGGUUUCUCAGUUGGUUGCCUUGGUAUGGAUAGGUGGGACAAACUGAAUGAUUUAUUCCAGAAAACAGGAGCAAUUGUCACAUUUGGUGUGAAUGCACUCUACGGGAGGUACAAUGUUAGACGUUCCAUCUGGGCAGGCAAAUGGAACUCCACAAAUGCAUAUGAUUUUGUAAAAUACACAAUCUCAAAGGGAUAUCCAGUUGGCUCAUGGGAAUUCGGCAAUGAGCUGAGUGGGCAUGGAAUUGGAGCAAAAGUUGAUGCUAAACUUUACGGAAAGGAUGUAGUUGAAUUUAAAUCCAUCCUUCGACAAUUGUAUAAGGCGCCACUGUCCCAGCCACUCCUGUUAGCCCCUGGAGGAUUUUUUGAUCAACAAUGGUAUUCUCAGCUGCUUCAGACUUCAGGUCAUGGUGUUGUUAAUGCCUUAACUCACCAUGUAUAUAAUCUCGGAGGAGGGGAUGAUGUUCACCUUAUAAGGAAGAUAUUGGAUCCAAAGUACUUAGAUCGUGCUGAAGAUACUUAUAGAGACAUGCAGCUUACCAUCCAAAGGCAUGGAACAUGGGCUUCUGCUUGGGUUAGUGAAAGUGGUGGUGUUUUCAACAAUGGCGGCCUGCUGGUGUCAAAUACAUUCAUCAACAGCAUCUGGUAUCUAGAUCAGCUUGGAAUGGCAUCUAAGUAUAACACAAAGGUGUUCUGCCGGCAGACUCUCAUCGGUGGGAACUACGGUCUGCUUGACACACAAACUUUUCGGCCAAAUCCCGAUUACUACAGUGCUCUACUAUGGCAUCGGCUUAUGGGCAAUGGAGUUCUUUCUAUUGAUGUCAUUGCACCACGUAGGCUGCGUGCUUAUGCUCAUUGUAGAAGACAACAGCAAGGCAUCACUCUUCUCUUGAUCAACCUAAGCAACACUACUGGAUACAAUGUCACUCUUCAGAAUGACAUCAACGUCAGCCUUGGUAAAAGACCCAACCUUGAGAAGGGCAGUUCCUUCACACAAAGGCUCAGGAAAGCAGUUUCAUGGCUGGGAAGUAAGCCAUCAAGCGACACCAAGAAGAGGGAGGAGUAUCAUCUGACGGCCAAGGACGGCAAUCUCCAGAGCAAGACAAUGCUGCUCAACGGUGUUCCGUUGGAACUGGGAGAUGAUGGCAGUGUUCCAGCUAUGAAUCCAGUGCUCGUUGUUGUCGAUUCGCCACUGUACCUAGCACCAACAUCCAUCGCCUUUGUAGUUUUACCCAAGUUUGAGGCCAAGGCUUGUUCUUAGGUUUAAUCUUGAAUCUUGAAAUAAAUAUUUUUCGCUGCAGUUUGCCUUGGGAGUGUUCCA